AUGCCUCCUCCUCCUCCUCCUCCUCCUCCUAUCAGUCGUUCUGCAUCAGCCGCAUACUCCAAUUCUUUGACCGGUUAUACAUCAAGUCAUGCAACCUACGCCCACCACCGUAACAAAAUAUUGGCCUCAACAAACUCACCUCAGCAUCAAGUAACAAUCCGUGCAGCGUUGCAUUAUCUGAAGGUCAAGGGCAAGUCUGGAACAGAGUUGGUAGGAAAUAUUGAGCGGGACAUAUCCGUCUCUUUAGCUAUCACUGCAUGCCAGCUGCAUCUGACUAUUAUUGACAACCUACAGCUACUAUGGGCGGAUUGGUCUGUCAAUUGCAAUUUAUCACUAGAAUCCCUCAAAAUGCACAAAGCACCCAAACUUCUCCUUUACGACCCUCACAUGCCUUUUAAAGGCACAGAAAAACUUGUUCUACACAACUCCUUCUUUCAUAUUGCAGGUAAGGACCCCACCCCAAGGUUUGCUCCAAAUUUGAAGGUAUCAAUCAUCUUGGUGAUGACAAAUGCCCAAUUUGAGGACAUUUUAUCUUGGAAACAGGAGUGCAAGCGGGGUGUGGGUGGCUCAAUUGCCAGUGUCCAUGCACAACAUGAUUCUGAUGAAGAAGACUUAGAGGAAGAUGAGCUACCAGGUGAUUAUAAUCUGAUGGACGAGUGUUUGGUCAAAAAUGUCGCAUUUCUCGUCCUUGUAGAGGUUCUUGCACGCGCGGAAGUUCAACUAGUUGUGGAGGUUCAGGUCCUCAUGAAGGUUCAAGUACUCGUGGAGAAUCAAACACAAGCUUGUCAUUGA